UUGAAAUGAAGGCCAGUUUUCCAUUAAGUUAUUCCCUAUUCUAUAUUCAAGUAUGGGAAAAACCCUGUUUGUCUGCCUCUGUGGCUAAAUCCUGAGGUAUGCAGUUCUUUUUACGGCUGAUACCCCCUCAUAUGAGCACACACCCAGUGAACUGUGGUCACACACUGUUCCGUUAUGCGGAAGCUGAGAAAUAAGAGACACCCUUUUUUCACACAACCACACCUUGGGUUGAAGCGAGUCAGAGGGAGUUGGGUGAAGUAGAUGACACUCUGAGACAGCGAGGACACCAUCUGGUAGUGCACACAUUCAAACACAGGAAAGGAUGGCAGCAUGGGAUCUGUCAGUCACAGUGGAGGACUUGGGACCUGAUGCCCCACCCCUCAAAAUCAGCGUCACCUCUGACCUCCACAUAGGUGGAGUCAUUUUAAAGGUUGUGGAGAAGACGGGGUUGCAGCAGGACUGGUCAGAUCACGCUCUUUGGUGGGAGCAGAAGCAGCAGUGGCUUUUGAAGACCUCCUGGACACUGGAUAAAUGCGGGGUACAUGCAGAUGCUCGCCUCAUCUUCUCCACCCAACACAAGCCCCUGCGUCUGGGCCUUCCUAACGGGGUCAUACUGAGGCUCCGUGCCAGCUUCUCCAUCCCUGUGUUUCGCACCGUCCAGGGCAUCUGCAGGGUCCUAAACAUUCGUCAUCCAGAGGAAUUGUCUCUCCUGCGGCCUGUAGAGGAGAAAAAGAAAAAGAAAGACAAAAAUUCUACAGAGGACGAGUAUGACCUCACAAAUGUGCCGCUGACCUCAGUGUCUGUUCCAACUCUGUACGAUGGCAUGCCUGCACAUUUUGCAGACUCUCCUAAAACUGAGGCCGCCUAUAAGAUGCUAUCUGUCUGCCAGCCUUCUCCUUCUCCUGAGAGCGUCGCUAAACUGUACCGACCGGCCAGCAAAGUGGAUAAAACACACAUCCACACCAGGUGGCUGGAUUCAUCACGUUCUCUUAUGCAGCAGGGAAUACAGGAAAACGACAAGCUGUGGCUUCGCUUCAAGUACUACACCUUCCAUGAUGUGGAGCCUAAGUACGAUGCAGUGCGUUUGACCCAGCUAUAUGAGCAGGCACGCUGGGCUAUCCUGCUGGAGGACAACGACUGCACUGAAGAGGAGAUGAUGCUCUUUGGAGCACUGCAGUAUCACAUAGGCAAGCUGUCUCUGUCGCAGGAGGUGGGCUCCUGCCAGGGCAUGGAGGACCUAGAGUCUGCCCUGAAGUCUCUGGAGGUCAAGAUGGUGGGAGAAAAUAACAGCACAGAUAUGCUGGAAAACAUGACUGCUCCGGAACUGAAUGACUACUUGAAAAUCUUUCGGCCUAGAAGACUCACUUUGAGGGAUUAUAAACAGUACUGGUUCAAAUUUCAAGACACGUCCAUCUUCUAUUACAAAAGCAAAGAGGACAGUUACGGAGAGCCCAUCCAACAAUUGAACCUGAAAGGUGGUGAGGUGACUCCUGAUGUGAAUAUAGCAGGACAAAAAUUCUGUAUCAGACUCCUGAUCCCAGUGCCAGAGGGCAUGAAUGAAGUCUACCUGCGAUGUGAGAAUGAGAAGCAGUAUGCUGAAUGGAUGGCUGCCUGUAAGCUGGCCUCUAAAGGCCUGACCCUUCUGGACAGCUCCUACCGGACUGAGGUCAAGAACAUCCAGACGUUUUUGUCCAUGCAACGCUCCAACUCAUCUGCCUCCACUCCACAGACUGAUGAGAGCAUCAACACGCAGAGCCUCGUCUCACCUCGCUACAACAAAAAAUACAAGGUCAAGCAGUUGACUCCACGUAUCCUGGAGGCCUAUCAAAAUGUGGCUGAUCUCUCCCUUACGGCAGCUAUCUUAAAGUUCCUCCAGAUAUGGCAGUCGCUUCCUGACUUUGGCAUUUCCUAUUUCAUGGUCAGGUUUAAGGGGAGCCGUAAAGAUGAGGUUCUGGGUAUUGCCAACAAUCGUCUAAUCCGCAUUGACCUGGGAGUGGGCGAUGUAGUGAAGACGUGGCGUUACAACAACAUGAGGCAGUGGAAUGUGAACUGGGACAUACGACAGGUAGCCAUUGAGUUUGAUGGGAACAUCAACAUUGCCUUCGGCUGUACAACUGCAGACUGCAAGAUAGUACAUGAGUAUAUUGGUGGCUACAUCUUCAUGUCGACACGUUCAAGAGAGACCAGCGACACCCUGAACGAGGAGCUGUUCCACAAGCUCACCGGGGGGCAUAACGCUCUCUGACACCCACAUAGAGCAGAGGGUCAUGAGCAUUAAAGCUCCAGCACCAGGAUUACUGUUAUUUUUGGAAGUAUUAGUACUACAUUAGCUUUAUACUAUUAAUUGAGCUUUAUCUGAUUCUCAUGAAAACCUGUUACAGCUUGAUGAAGGGGGUUGGAAACCUUGUUGAUGAGCUGCAGUGUAGGUGGGAUUUUUGUUCAAGACCAGUGACCUACAAGUCAUGAUGUAAGCUUUGUUCAUUGAUGUCAUUUUUUGGUUUUACCACAAAGUUCUGACCCGGUCAAUGCAACCUUUAGACAGACAUUUGUAUAAGACAUCAGUGACACUUAUUGUUCUUUAUGUUUAUGCUUGAAUGGUCACUCCUUGGAGUAAAACAUGCAGCUUUAAUGUAUCGCUUCUUCAUGUAUCACUCUUGGCACAAAAGACCCAAAGACUUCAAUGUUUUGUUUUUCUUUUUAGUGCAUAGAGCCAUUGUUUAAAUGUUCUUAUAAGAACAGAGGAGCCUGAACCACUUAACCAUGCAAAGAACCACCUGUGGGUUCAAAUGGUUGUUAUCAACUGACAGAUUUGUGCCAUCUUAUAGGGCAAUUUUACCAUAUUCUUUAUACAUUUUUGCAAAAUUCAGUAAUUGAGAUGCAAACAAAGUCAUUCGAGGGGUUUGAUGAGAAAAGCUGUGUUCUAGAGAAACUUUCCAAUUUUUUUUUUUACGGAGAAAGUGAUAAUGAAAACAGCUCCAUAGUGCAGGCAAACUCCUUGUUCUAGAAGCCCUUGUCCAUUUUUAAAAUCAAAAUAAAAUAUCUGAGCAAUUCCAAAGUAAAUAAUGAAAACUGAUUCAUUUUUUACUGCUUUUAUAAUUCCUACCACUUUCCUUAGUGAAGUAGUCUUGACUUGAAGCUAUUGUAUUUUAUUCGUGUGACAGUUAAGGAAACCACUGGCUAUCACUUCCUGCACAGCAAGAGUUACACUGACCAGUUAGGGUCUUCCGUUAUCACAGAACGUUUCCUUAUCUCAGUCCAACAUCAUCCAGGUUUCCGUUGCCCAAACCACAGCAAGUGCCUGCCUCCUUUCUGAUAUCUCUUGUGUAACUGGGUGUGAACAAGUUGCCAUGACAUUAAGUACAGUUUGCUUUUGAACUCUUUAAAGAUAAAGGCUUCCCACUUCAUUGACUGCUGAAAGGCACUUAUUGUCAAAGUUUAUGGUUUUCUUGUCUCGUCUUGAUUCAGCCUUCAAGAAAUAUCUUCCAUCGACUACUGCAGUUCAAGUUCACAUGCUGUAAUAAAAAGACAAACAGUAAGUGACACUGAAA